UUCAGCUGCCUCCAUGUGGCCAGAAGAAAUCAAUAAAUGCAGCAGCUUUAAAUAAUGGAUGACGAUUGGAAGACAGAUCGCGAGCAGCAGCAGCAGCCUGCAUGGCGCACAUCCCUCACCUGCCUCAGCUCCUCUCCUCCGACUCACAUCCUGUCUGACAGCGAGAGGCGAAGGAGGAAGAGAAGCAACACAAGCGACUCCUGACUCAACUUUAGACAACUUUUACGCACACUUUUUUUUAUUUUUUUAUUGGAAAGACUUGUAUUUUCCUGUCAGUUUUUCCAUAUAGACUGAUGGUAUUUUGUUGUUUAUUAUGAUGCCUGUGGGAGCUGAGAUGAAGGUGCGCCUGAAGGCAACCUUUUUGGGUUUUUCUCGGCACCUUAAUUAAAAAAGUCCUCAGACUCUAGUAGUAAAGUUGUAGCCCGGACUAGUAGCGUCAUUGAAGGCGUUUGGCUCAGAGAGUCAACCCAGUGCCAAAGUAGCUGAACAGGAGAAAGAAGUUCUCCGCAUGAAGCGUUGGAUUUAUGUCAACCAAAACAAGAAGUCGUCUCUAACAAUAUAAUCUGGAUUCCGUGAUGUGAAAGUUCCCCCGAUCCGAAUUGACUUCGUUCGGACAAGGGGAGACUUUUUAAUGGAUGGAUUUUUUAUGUGGGACCCGCUAGGAUGGACGUGGUAGAUGAAACAGAAGCGUUACAGAGAUUUUUUGAAGGUCAUGAUAUUAUCAGUUCUCUGGAGCCAGCCAACAUCGACACCAGUAUCCUGGAAGAGUACAUCAGCAAGGAGGACGAUAGCACUGACAUCUGUUUCUCAGAGGUCCACAGCACCCCAGGACCAAAUUACUCAUCUCCCCAGGCAGGAGUGUCCUCCUCUGGGGGGUUGGUGUGUGGUGUGAGCCCCCCUAUUCCAUUGCGCCAAGGAGCCCCUCCGCCUGGGCCUCCUAACUGUCAGAACGCCUACCCCCCAGGUCCGUCCCUGGGCCUCCGACAAAACUACCUCUGCCUGGGACAGCAGCAGCAGCAGCAGCAGCAGCACCACCACCACCAACACCAGCAGCAGCAACAGCAGGCUCACGUCAAGCCUGAGCACAGUGAGCACAGGGGCCACUACGCUCCAGGGACACUACCUGAGUCCCCCCCAGACUCCAGCUCAGAGCCGUACUCUCCUCAGCAGGUGAAUGAUCCUCACAUGAUCAGGACCAUGACACCAGAGAACAUGUGUCACAUGACUCCAACGCCACCCCUCCCACCACACGGGCACUAUCCCAGCAUGCAUCGGGACAUGUACCUGAAGCCUGAGCCCAUGAUAUCGCAGUAUCCCAUUGGUCCAGCCACAAGUGGAAGUGGAGACAUGCAGCAGACUCAGAUGCUCCAUCAGCUGCUGCAGCAUCCUCAGGGGCAAGACGGCGUCCCUGCUCACCAAGCCAAGAAGAGGAAGCACUCUGACUCUCCCAACAGCUCCAUCAAUUCCCAAAUCCUCACAGGUAUCAUCAAACAAGAACCAGGUUUAAUGUCGGAUGCAGACAACUCCUACAUGGACCCAAACUAUCAGUGCAUUAAGUGGCAGCCGCACCAGCAGAACAAGUGGACACCACUGUAUGACGCAAACUGCAAAGAGCUUCCAAUGCCAACCUACCGUGUCGAUGCUGACAAGGGCUUCAACUUCUCCUUGGCUGAUGACGCUUUUGUUUGCCAGAAGAAGAAUCAUUUCCAGGUCACAGUCUACGUAGGCAUGCUGGGAGAUCCCAAGUACAUCAAGACGACUGAUGGCCUGCAGCCCAUCGACUGCUUCUAUCUCAAACUCAACGGAGUAAAGGUGGAGGCCGUGAAUCAGUCUAUCAGUGUGGAGCAGUCACAGUCUGACCGCAGCAAGAGACCAUUUAAGCCAGUGAUUGAUUUUGUUUCUCCCAGGGUCACCCUGCCCUCAGAGCAGGUCACCAAAGUGACAGUGGGGCGGCUCCACUUCAGCGAGACCACGGCAAAUAACAUGAGGAAGAAGGGCAAACCAAACCCUGACCAGAGGUAUUUCAUGCUGGUGGUGGCGCUGCAUGCUCAGUCCCACAGUCAGAGCUACACUGUGGCUGCCCAAGCAUCUGAGAGGAUCAUCGUCAGGGUAACGUCUGGCCAUGCAUCCAACCCAGGCCAGUUUGAAAGUGACAACGAGGUGCUGUGGCAGCGCGGCCAACUGCCAGACUCAGUCUACCACCACGGGAGAGUCGGUGUCAACACCGACCGGCCGGACGAGGCCAUGGUUAUCCAUGGCAACCUGAAGGUCAUGGGCUCCCUGGUGCACCCGUCUGACAUCAGGACCAAAGAAAAUGUCCAGGAGGUCGACACCACAGACAAUUUGAAACGGAUUUCUCAGAUGAGGCUGGUCCAUUAUCAAUACAAGCCUGAGUUUGCUGCCACCGUGGGCAUAGAGACCACUUCAGAGACUGGAGUGAUCGCUCAAGAGGUUCAGCAGAUUCUGCCUGAAGCAGUGAAGGAGGGGGGCGAUUUCUCGUGCAGCAAUGGAGAAACUAUCCCCAAACUGUUAGUGGUCAACAAGGACCGUAUCUUCAUGGAGAACGUGGGAGCGGUGAAGGAGCUGUGCAAGCUGACAGACAACCUGGAGACUCGUAUAGACGAACUGGAGCGCUGGAGCCGCAAACUGGCCAAGCUGCGUCGUCUAGACAGCAUGAAGAGCACCGUGAGUGGAGGCACCGUCAGCCAAUCAGGGAGUUAUUUCAGCAGAACAGGAAGUGGCCCUCUCAGGAAGAAGACAGUCAAACCAGGGAGCAAGAGUCCGACUCCAGAUCAAGGCUGCAUCAGCCAGAGGUUCAUGCAGGGAACCAUCCUGGCGCUGGUCAUUGUCAUGGCCUUCAGUGUCAUUUCCAUGUCCGUCCUUUAUGUGUUGACUCUUCACCACAGAGGAGACGUCACAGAGAAAGAUGGCCAUGUUCCUUCCUGUGUUCUCUACGUCUCUUGGAUGCCCAUCUUCACUGCCACUGUAACUUUCUGUCCUCCUGUCUGCCCAUGGUCCAGAGCUGCACUGGGAUCCUCACGCAAGAGUCCAUAUACUCCAGUGUCCACCACCCCUGCACCAGCUUGCUGUUCAACUACAACCAUAAACAACCAAUCAGAUACAGUUUCGGUAUUGAAUAACAACCAAUCCACACCAGAUUUAGGCAGCCCGGUUCCCACACCAGGUACUAUAAGCAAGAAGGCCAAGUCCAGACCGAUGGACAAGGACGGCCGCAACAGAAACCGUCUGACUCACACCUCAGCACCUCAGUACUUUGCCAAGUCCAAAAGGCCGGCACCUACAGACCAGGGCGGACUGGGAUCCACCAACCGUCUGCCCCCAGGUCAGCCGACACUGCCACGUAGACAACGCAGCCUUCACACAAAGGGAGGAAGGUCAGCUCCCUCUCUGAUUAGUCUACAUAUCGUGGAGACAAACCAAGAAAUCACAACACAAAGUUGCGCAAGACCUGAAAGCUGCAGCUACACAGUAUCACUCCAUGGAAAAAGAAAUUCCUCCAUCUCACAUAUCACUUUGCACAUGACGUCUAUGAACAACGUGUGGGUACGACAAUGUGGAGCCACCAAGGGACGUUUAUGUCCCAACCACACGGAGACAGAGCUCUAUGGUGGACAGAGUACAUCAACAAAGGGGACUCAUCACGUGUGGUCGGUGCCCGUGCUGUCCUUCCAAGACAUCACCUAUCACUUCCGUGUCUCCCUGUCGAGUGAAGUGAUCUGUGCCACUGAAGGAGAAACCUCAUCAUACUCUGACUACCAUUUCCUCAUCCGAAGCAGCUGUGUGUGAGAAGGAAGACGACGUGUCCCGGUGCCUUUACAAUACACCACGUUUUUCUUUUGUGGUUCCAUUUUGUGUUGUUCCUGUUGUGAUAGGAUAGGGCUUUGUCUCAUUAUUGUACAUUAUCUUAAAAGAUAUUCAUACAGUACAAACUAUAAAAACACUGUCCCCACUGUAAUCCCCUCCGUAUGUACAGUAUAUGCAUUAAGACAUCUCUUUGUGCUGUGAUCACUGGAGUUUUACUGAAAAUGUUUUUGAUCACUGUUAACUGAGUCCAUGAUCAGUUUAUAGCUCAUUUUUAUUAACGAUCACCAAGUCCAUACUUAAUACGAGCCAUAAAUACUUUUUAUAAUCAGAAUUCAAGUUUCUCAAUGAAGUCCAGGAUGAGAUACUGUACAUGACACUGCACACAUUUAUGUUUCUUUUUUUAAAAAUACAAUGAAUCUGUAUGUACACUGAAACCAGUGUCAACUGAAAACAAAACCACUUUUCAAUAGUUUGAUACACUGGAGAGAGAGAAGAUCAUUGGCUUCUGCUCAGUGAAUGGUUGCAGCUCGCACUGAAAAUAUACCUCAGUAGUGCACACUGGCACCUGGGUCUCUACAGAGGAGCAUUAUGUCUGAGGCUGCUGCAGUCGACUAGACGGUCUGCUGUGUCCUCAUGCGGCAUCUGACUACUUUACAGAGAAGGAAAUACUCAGUAGUAUUUCUCUCUCAAUUGUGACAUUGAAUGAAACAUCAAAUUGUUACAAGUCAUACUCAUUUUAGCAGAUUCACUGGAAGACGUGCGAUAAGACUGGAAAGUAAACAAAUCACUGGACAUGAACGUGUAGAAACACUGACAGCUCUUAGCAUCUCAUAGUGGAAACACUGACAAUAUUUCUAGAAACACUGGAAAAGCUUACAUUGUAUUUUGCUAACUGGACAGAAUGCUGGCGAGGCAAUAAAUGGCAUAUAUCAAUUUCAGGUGCAUGCCCAAUCAUUUCUCUAAAAUGAUAAAUCUCAGCUAAGAGGCGACUCAAACGCUGCUUCAGCGAUGGAAAUUCAUUUUACUGGCUCGAUCAUAAAGCUGAGAAGGAGUUGCAUUUAUUUACGCACACUGCAGAGAUAAAAUUGGAUAUUAUACACUGGACUGUUUUGCGUAUUUUUCUGGAUGUUUUGAAUACAUUUCCUGUGCCUAUACAAUUAAGAAUAUGCAGUGAUAACACUUUGAAUAUAACUGAGUUGUAUGAUGUUUUCUUUUCUAUUAUCCUUUAUUGUUUGAAAGCCAUCCUCCACUUACUCUCACCACCAUGCUUUAGUUAAAAUUUGCUUUAAAAUCCAUAUUCCAUGUGUGUGUCUAUUCAGAAAUAAAAACACAAUAGUGUAUCUCAAAUGUAAAAUCAAUAUUAAAUAGGAAAAAACAGCCAUCAGACAAACGUUUAUGGAAUUUAUCAUAAUAUUAAGACACUGUACAAUGCUUUCAGUAUAAUUAUUAUGACUUCAGUGGGUAUAGUGUACUAUUUUAGCUUAUUUAUAAUGCACCAGCUAGCAUAAUGAAACCACUGUAGCACUUUUUGCACUGUAUAUAUGAACUGCUUUUGCUCUAUCCAGUGCACCAGACUGUUUUCAUAUACUCUGGUAGAACUGCAUUGCAUGUAACUGUAUAGCUUCAUUUUGUUACUACCAAUGCUCCUUUUUAUCUGAUGUGUUUUAUCAUUUUGUUUUUAUAGUUGAUAUUUUUUUUGUGGGUUGUUGUAUUAUCGAUAAUAUAUUAACUUUUAGCUAAUGGAGCGCAGAAAUGAUUGACAAGCAUCUAAACACACACACACACACACACACACACACCAAUACAUGUAUACUUUUAGCACUAUUUGUUAAGAGAAAAUGCCAUAACACUUAAAACUCGCUGAGUACUUUAAUAUCACUACUUUAUCUUUUUAGCCCAUUUUAUCAUUACAUUUUCAAAGCCUUUUGUCAAAAAAUAUGCUGUAAUACUAUGUAAAUGCAUGUAGUAAAUAAAUUUGUGAUUGAA